AUGUUACGGACCUAUCCGUCACCAAUCAGUGGCGAUCCACUAGGCGCACCAAUGGGCCAUCGAGAGCCAACCAGCAAGAUCUGUCAGCAGAUCACGUACAAGCUCACUGAGCAAGAGCAUGAUCCGCCCUGA